CACCUUCCCUGCAGCCUCCCCUGGCCUCGGGCAGCUCCAGAUGUGCAGCAGGUGCCCGAGGUGCUGAUGUGACACCCACCACUGGUUGCCAGGACCAUGGGGAAACUGCAGAGUAAAAUCAGCUUCCACACCACCAAAUACAGGGCCGAGGGCUCCGUGGGACAGACGGGACCCGCUGGUGCCUCCCGGCAGCACAGCCCUGCUCACACUGAUGCUGUCACCUCUGUGGCUGCCCUCAAACCAGACCUGUGUGUGUCAGGAGGAAGGGAUAAGAGUGUGGCUGUGUCCAGCUGGAGGUCUGGGGCUGCCCUGCGCCGCUUCACCGGCCACGAGCGCGAGGUCACCAAGGUCACCUCAGCCCUUGACUCCAACAGAGUCUUCAGCGCAUCCCGGGACAAGACAGUGAUGAUGUGGGAGCUUCACGGGACGUCAGGGCCAAGCCAGCACUUCCCAGGACAUGACCUGGUUGUUACUGGACUGGCUGUGAGCCCAGACUCCUCCCAGCUGUGCACGGGCUCCCGGGACAACACCGUGUGCAAGUGGGACACCGAGACCGGGGAGUGUCUGGGCAGAGCUGCAAUCUCCAGGAACCUGGUCACACACCUGUGCUGGGUUCCUGGGGAGCCUUAUGUCAUCCAGACCUCAGAGGAUAAAACCACCAGGGUGUGGGACAGCCGGGAGCUGCAGGUGGCGCACACGUUCCCAGCCAAGCAGCACAUCCAGACGUGCUGUGACGUGAGCCAGGACGGGCGGUACUGCCUCAGCAGCAGCAGCGGCUCCGCCGGCCACGGCGCCGAGGCCACCCUCUGGGACCUGAGGCAGACCAGGGACCGAGUGUGUGAGUACAAAGGGCAUUUCCAGACCACCACCUCCUGUGUCUUCCUGCCCCGGGGCCCCACGCUCGCCCCCAGCAUUGCCACAUCCUCCAGCGACAGCACAGUGAAGGUCUGGGACCAAGGCACUGCAGCCUGCCUGGCCACGCUGUGCCUCGAGGGCUCGGGCCCGCUGGCCUCGCUGGCCGCCUGCGACAGCUGCACCCUGCUCUGCGCCAGCUCCAACUCCGGCAUCCACGUGCUCCGUGUGAGGGGCGGAGCGGAGCUGGCCCUGGAGGAGGUGGCAGCGUUCUGA